GAUCUGAGGGACCCGAAUUUAAAACCUGUCGUAUUUGAUGGCAGAUCAGAAAGUGUUCGUGAUGUGCAAUUUAAUUCAGGAUCUAUAUAUGAAUUUAUCUCCGCAUUUGAAAACGGAAUAAUUCAGAAAUGGGACCUAAAAAAACCAAAUAUCUGUGAACGCAGAAUUAAUGCACAUGUAGGACCAGUUCUUGCAAUUGACUGGCAUUCUGAUGGGAGAACGAUUGCUAGUGGUGGACGAGAUAAAGCUAUUAAAAUAUGGGAUAUGAGUACAUAUGGUAUGAAACCAAAGGAGACGAUUUAUAGUAUGUCCAGUGUAGCACGUGUCCAAUGGCGGCUUAAUAGUCCAUCAGAAAUUGCUUCUUGUUCGUUACAAGGCGAUAAUCGAAUUUUUGUGUGGAAUAUAAAGAGACCUUAUAUUGCAAGUUACUUCUUUGAAGAGCACGUGGAUGUUCCAACUGAAUCUGAUGUACUUUGGUCUUGUUCCAAGGAUAAAUUUUUCAUUCAGCAAGACAUUAGGGAUUCUUACCGUCAAUUAGAUUUGUUAAGUAAAUGUGCAAUUGGUUGGAGUGUCUAUGAUCAGAUUGCGUUUGCUAUUGAGAAAUCAAACGAAUCACAUUCUGAAGAUCAUAGUCAGUUUCAUAUAAUGCAAAAGAAAUCUUAUCCUAGUGUUAUCGAAGCUCGUAGUGAAGAUCACCAUCAAUUACAAAAAACUGGUUCUAUAUCACUUCCAACGUUUGACCCCAAAUCUUUUUCAUAUCUUGCUAUAAAUUAUAUCUCAUCUGGUUCGGAUAUUUGGACUAUGUGCGACCAUAAUGCAAAGAUUGCCUGGGAUGUUCAAAGACACCGAACUGCCCAGACGUGGAAAGUUGUUCAAUUAUUAUACGGGAAGAAAACACCAUCUGAAGUGAACAAGACAGAAUCUAACAAAGAAUCUUCUUUGAAAGAUCUAUCAUCAGCUAAUCAUUCCAAAUCACCAAGCGAAGCGAAAGAUACUGAUUCUUUAAAGGAUCAUAACAGCACCGUAGAUAAACCUAUAAAUCCCGCAGCUGAUAUUGAUGAAGAUUCGUCUUAUUCGGAUAGUGAUCCACCUUCUGACGAUGAUACUGAGGACAAAUCUUGUCUUAAACGUGAACAAACCCCGGCUCCAACUACCAAUACAAUUGUUAGGUCAGAGUUUAAGGCCCCUUCAUGGGAUAAAGAACCAAUGAUGGCACAACUACUUGAUUAUUAUGCAGAACAGGGUGAUGUACAAAUGUGUGUUACUUUGAUUUUGGUUCUUGGAGAUAAACUCAAGAUAAAUGAAGAAAAAGCAAAACAGUGGUUUUAUUCAUAUGUUGAACUCCACAACGAUUUAUACGACAUGUAA